UAGGAAACGAAACUUCAAAAUGAACCUGCCAAGAAAAAUUCAAAAUGAGAAAUUCAAAAUGAGAAAUUUGUUGACUAGAAAACGAACACCAGCUGAUAAAACAAUCAUAUACUACAGCACACCAUGUUUUUGAUGAAAGGCAUUUCAUCUUUGCUACUCUUUGUCUCGGGAUGCAGGCAAUACCAAUGCAGUGACCAAUGCUUUCGAGGAAGAAAGUCGCAGCUUUCGAGCUACGGAAGCACGGUGAUGUACAGUGGGGCGUCGGGGGAGGACACGGUGGCGACGAUCGAGGUCUGCGUGUCACCGGGGUGCGUUGCCGACGGGGCGGACGAGGCGCUGCUGAAACUGCAGGCCUUGUCCGCAACGUCGUCCUCGGAAGCACCGCCCGCGAGGGUGGUCAGCGGCGUCUGCUGUUCGCUGUGCGGAAACGGACCGGUGGCAAGGGAGAACGCCGGCGGCAAGUCCAAGAACCACCGCAAGCUGAACACGAAUCAAAAGCUGCUGGACCUGUUGUCUCUGGGGGACGAGGCCGAUCUGGAACCGAGGCAACGGGCCGUCCUCGAGGGGAUCGAUCUCUGUCUCGAGGGGAACAAGGCCCUGUCGAAAAAGAAGUAUCCGGAGGCCCUCGAGAAGUACGCCCUGGGCAUCGAGAGGGGAAGAGACGCCGCGAUGGAGCUGCAGGUGGAAAUCGGUAAGGAAGCCAAUCCCAACCACGGCGACGACGGCGCUGCCUCCCUCCAGUGGCUGGUACAGGCGCUGUGCAACGAGGCCACGGCGAAACUCGAGACCAGAGACUUCAACGGCGCCAUUGCCUCGGCCGAGCAAGCCGUCGAGGCCUCGUCGUCGUCUUCCGUCGAGGCCCUCGAGGUGCUGCAGCGCGCCUACCAAGAAACCAMGGGGAAAGACUCCAAAGAACUCGUCGUACUCGAGUCUCUCUUUGCCCUGUACCARGCGGAGGAAGAACAACCUAGGGCUAAGAGAAAAAAGGUGACCCCCAUGGAGGCCAACCGGCGCCGGACACUGGGAUUUCGGUUGGCCAAGCUCAAAGCGGCAGCAUGAAAGGAUGGAAGCAGCACCAUCAACACAAAUGUUGCGAUCGAACGACAAACAGAGAGAUAAAUUCUAGAAGGGAAU